GCACGUGUGUCUCGCAGCGCAGUGCUGUGCACGUAUUACGAACCUGUUUUUUAUCGGUGGCGAUUAGCAAAACUUCGAUCGAGAACCGCAAGAUGAGAUGCCAGUAUUUACUGGUGUUCGUGGUAGCGCUAUGCGCGAUCACCGUGAACUCCAUUCCGACUGCGAAGAAGGAUCUUCCGAACGCGCAGGAUCCGCUGUUCAAUAAGAUGCUCGCCGAAACCACCCAUCCGGUGCCAAACGCGCACGACCCGCGAUUCAACAAAAUGUUGCCGGAUGUAGACGAAAACCUGAUCGAUUCCGACAGCGAUGACGACGAAGAUAACGAUUCCGCGGGAGAUGGCUAUAUUGCGCCUAAAAAAGCCGUAGAUCUAAACCCCAUGUACGCUCAGAAAUCAAAACUGGCAAUCAGUGAGACAUCCACUGUCGAUUCGGUCGCUAUCAACAAGGUGAAAAUCAAUGAAGAUAUUGACAGCUACGAGGAAGAACUGCUGAAGGGAAACGGCAAACACGUGGACAUUGAUGAAUUGCCCCAAGUAGAGGAUCUGUCGGGCGAAGUUCUUCCAAUCGAAGCAAAUCCUUCCAAAUCUACCACCGCUAAACCAACAGUUAAAACAGAAAAUGAUGACGAUGAUGACUAUGAUGAAUCGGACGAGCAGGUUGACUUUUCUGGGGUAGACAAAAUUCUCGCCCAACCACUUAAACCUGCGCCUUCUGAAAAGCCAGUGAAACCCUUGACCACCAGCACGACUGUAAAACCGAAAAGCGCCUUCACCGGAACUGGCAAGCAGAAUGUCGAAAUUCUAGACCAGUACGAUGACGAUGCGGAUGACGAUUAUCAGUACAACUAUGAUGAUGAUGAGGACAACGAAGAUGCAGAAGACGACGACGAGGAUGAUGAUGCGGAAGAUUUGACGCCAGAUGUUGUAAACAAGGUAGCCAAAAAGCAGACCAAGCCAGUCAAGAAAACCAAGAGCCAGAAGAAAACCACAUCCAAGGUUAUUGAUUCCGAAUAUUACUACUACUAUGAUGAAGAAGAUGAUGAUGAUUAUAACGCCGAUACCGGAAACAGUACCUACUGCCCACGUGGUUGCAUCUGCGAACGCAACAUGCACGCCUACAUGGUCGCUACGUGCAGUCGGUUGGAUUUGGAUACGCAAAAGUUUACGUCUCACAUCACGGAUCUACAGGUGCUUGAUGUGGGACCGAAAUUCCCGAUUGAGCUUGGUCCGGAUUUCUUCAAAAAGAUUGGACUCAGCCACGUCGUAUCGAUCAAGAUUACCAACUGCACGAUCGUGUACAUCAGCCCGCAGGCGUUCGCCGGACUCGACGAGCUGUACUCGGUGAAUUUGACCAACUCGGGCAUUGACAUGAUCCACCCGGACACUUUCGCCAACAACACGAAGCUGCGCUUGCUGACACUUUCGGGCAACGAUCUGAGCGCCAUGCAGAGCGUCAACCACAACACGCCGUACACCGACUACAUGUUGAAGGCACCGACCGUGGAGGAACUGGAUAUUUCUCGCUGCAAGCUGCAUGAACUGCAGCAGAAUGCGUUCAACGAGCUGAAGAACAUCAUCUACAUCAACCUGUCCGAGAAUAACUUGAGCAGCCUGCCUGAUGGUAUUUUCGACCAUGUGGAAACCAUUGAAGAGCUGGACCUCUCGAUGAACAACAUCGCCGAGUUGCCGAAGAACAUAUUUGCCAAAACGUCGCUAGCCAUCUUGCACCUGAAGCACAACAAGAUCAGCAACAAUGUGGACUUUGUACCGGUCGAUCUGCAAAAGCUCGAUCUGAGCUUCUGUCAGAUACGCACCAUCAACAACCAGAUGUUCAAGGGCAUGGAGGGACUCACCAAUUUGAUCCUGAAGGGUAACCACAUUGAGAAGAUCAAACCCAUGGCGUUCAUUUCGCUGAACAGCCUGCGCCAGAUCGAUCUGUCGUACAACAACCUGGAGCAGAUCUCGGCCCAAACCUUUAUCGGCAACAAGGUGCUCGAUAUCAUCCGCAUGAAUAACAACCCGCGUCUGAAGCGCCUACCGAACGAAGGUUUCGAGAGCUCCUUCAACGGCACCUUCAACGUGUACUUCAUGGACAUCUCGAACUGCGAUAUCUCCGAACUCGCCGACAACACGUUCAAAACGAUGCCGCAGCUGACUCGGUUGAACUUGGCGUGGAACAAUUUGCAAACCCUUCGGCCACCUGUAAUGGCUCAUUUGAGCAAGCUGAUGGAUUUGGAUUUGAGCAACAACAUGAUCACGGACCUCGAUGAAAAGACUUUCCAGAACAAUCGUAAUUUGAACAACUUGAACUUGUCCGGAAACCAGAUCUCCAGCCUGUCGAGCAAACUCUUCCACCCGCUGCAAUACCUGAGCGAGCUGGAUAUUAGUGAUUGCGAUCUGCGCACCAUUUGGGAGAAUUCGUCGGCCACGACGAAACUUGAAGAAGUGCUUCCCAAUUUGCUGCGUCUGAACGCGUCGUACAAUGAAAUUUCCGAGGUAUUUGUGUCUGAUCUGGAGACGAUGACUAAGCUGCACGUGUUGGACAUCCGUAACAACUCGCUGAGCUGCAACGAACGUCUGCCAUCGCUUAUCGAUUGGCUGCAGCAGAAGCAGAUUUCCAUGGUGGGCAACUCGCAGGAUCACGUUACACACGCUGAAAUGAAUGUGCUGCGCAAGGACAACUCUGCCACGCUUAAGCAGUGGGGACAGUUCGCGUUGGAAAUUUGCCAGGGCGCAAAGGGUGACCCAGAGAAGACGCUGUCCUAUAGCGAAACGGAGGAGGACUACGAUGAUGAUGAUGAAGACGAUUCCGAGGACGCCGAUGCCGAUGUGCUUGCGGUAGCGAACGCCAAAUCGAACAAGAUUGUCGACAGCAAGAAUGAACCGGAUGAGUAUUCGGACGAAUCGUCCGAUAGCGACAGCGUAGAUAAUGACGACGGUGAUGGCGAUGAUGACGACGAAGACGAUGAUGAUGAUGAGGAGGAGCAGGAGCGCGAAAACAUUCUCGAUGCUGCCAACGGUAUUCAGAAGAUUGAGCAGGAAAUUCUCACUGGCAAGCACAGCGUCAACGCCAACAACGAGGACGAUGGUGAAUACGAUGACGAUCUGGAAUACGAGGAGAACAGGGAAGGAACGAACGUGGACGAUGUAGUCAUUCUGGAGAACGAAUCAGUUCACGCGAUUCAAUCCGCCAUUGGAGAUGAUUUGAUAAUGGCCGGAGUGAUCAUGUUCACCGUAAUGAUGCUGGGCAUAAUGACUGUCAAGAUCGUGAAUACGAUCUUGAAGCGACGAGGCGAACGCUACCGCCAGGCACUGCUUGCUUCCAAGAACUCUUUCGUUUAUCAGAAGCUGACCGAGGAUAUCGCUGCGCCGACAACCCCAAAGGUUCAUCGGUACGCACCAAUCAAUCAGGUGUAAGCGCGAAGCAGAAAGACCCGCCAUGAACGGCGGGCCAUUUUCCACACCGCACACAGUCAACAAUGCGGUUUGUCUUUAGAUUUCUUAAACGUCAGGCAGUAACAGUCUUACUAGUAGAAAAGCGCAUACUUAAAACAAAUCCCGAGCUUCCCGAUCAAUGGUAACGCCUAGCAGGCAAACACGCGCAAACACCAAGUAGUAACCUGGAGACAGCUAUAAUGUACUUAGCAGACAGUAAAAGCAGAUCGGGCAGCAAGCGGAGCAGAUAUUUUUUUAAUUUAUUAAGUUCUUUCUUUCUAACAGAGAUUUAUCAUUUUUUGUCGAUCCGGUUUUGUUUCCUGCUGACAAUGCUUGAUAUGAUUUGCUUCUCGUAGGUAAGCGGUCGUACAAGUAGGUCAAAUUUGCGACUCAAAUUAGAGGUCACAUUCUCGGAAAUUCCUUGUACUAUUUACGCAAGAUUCAGAGCAGCUACACCUUUUCUACAAAUUGCAAAAAGUUAGGGCUCUUGUGUUAAGUACUUUUACCAGCAACUAAAAUGUUCCCGUCAUCUUGUUUCCUUUCGAAGAACAUUCCUCCCUCAAUUGCAACAAAUUCGGUCGCAACAAGAUACGUGCACCACAAGGCUUCGUUUUUGUGCCAUUUGAUAAAGAAGGAACACUUGUUGCAGAGCAUGUUUGAAUACCGGUGUACUGUGUUACGGCACAGAAAAUCUAUACAAAGCAAAAGCAGAGACACUGAUCGGAAAACCGUCUUCGAUAGUGAACAGUGGAUUGGAUGCAGCAGCAAAUAUUUUGCAACACUUUCCUUCAGACACAAACACUCCAUAUUUGCGCAUAUCAAUACAGUAUCAAUACAGUAUCGGGGAAUACAGAAUGGUUCCAAACUUGCAGUAAUUGAGUAUUUUUUUUUUGCUCUUUUAAAUUAUUGAGGUGUCUACCAAAAUAAAUUGAAAUGGAUUUGAUACAAUAAACACUUUAUCAAACCGGAAUAAACUCCAGAGUUUUCGUUAUCAUAUUCACAAAUGUAGAAAGUUAAAAUCAUGUUAAUCAAUUCUCAUUUUCAAUUCUCAUUCCUUAACAAAAUAAAAUAAAUCUUUAGUAUCAAUAGGUA